GGAGGAAUCGGCCGGGCCUCGCCGCACGGCCCGGCCACCCCUGGAGUCGCCGCCACUGCCCUGCCGUGCGUCGGACGAGAGGCUGCCCUUCGCCCCGUAGGCCGACGACAUGAAGAUCAAGGAUGCCAAGAAACCCUAUUGGAAACCUCCACCGGCACAAACUGGAUGAACUUGACUGCCUUGUAAAGGGCUUGCUGUAUAUAGAUUCUGUCAGUUUCAAUGGCCAAGCAGAGUGCUAUUAUUUUGCUAAUGCCUCAGAACCUGAGCGAUGCCAAAAGAUGCCUUUUAACCUGGAUGACCCCUAUCCACUCCUGGUAGUGAACAUUGGUUCAGGAGUCAGUAUUUUAGCAGUCCAUUCCAAAGACAACUAUAAACGAGUGACCGGGACAAGUCUUGGUGGAGGUACCUUUCUCGGUUUAUGCAGCUUGUUGACUGGCUGUGAAAGUUUUGAAGAGGCUCUUGAAAUGGCAUCCAAAGGUGAUAGCACCCAAGCUGACAAGCUGGUCCGUGAUAUUUAUGGAGGAAAUUAUGAAAGAUUUGGUCUGCCAGGUUGGGCUGUAGCAUCUAGUUUCGGUAAUAUGAUUUAUAAGGAGAAGCGAGAAUCUGUUAGUAAAGAAGAUCUGGCAAGAGCUACUUUAGUUACUAUUACCAAUAACAUUGGUUCUGUGGCACGGAUGUGUGCUGUUAAUGAGAAAAUAAACAGAGUUGUCUUUGUUGGAAAUUUUUUACGUGUCAAUACCCUCUCAAUGAAACUUUUGGCAUAUGCACUGGAUUAUUGGUCAAAAGGUCAACUGAAAGCAUUGUUUCUAGAACAUGAGGGAUACUUCGGAGCAGUGGGUGCACUUCUUGGACUGCCAAAUUUCAGCUUAAGUAUCAGAUUUCUCUCUGCUAAUAAAUGUCAUCCAAGAAGAACUGAAAACAAGAGGCAUUAUUACUGCAUUGUUCAUCACUGGAAGCCAUAG